ACAGCAACCCAAGCCAAAGCCAAAUUCCUGUUCACGACGACUGUCUCUGAAGCAUUACAACCCCCUUGUUUCGAUCUGUUCAUUCUCUUACUCAUCAGUUAGAACGGCUCUUGAAAGGGUUCGAAUAUUCCUCUCGCUCUUGUCUGUCUAGCUACAUCGUAGCCAGCUGCAAUAGGACCAUGAAGAGACCAACAACAACGACAAGCGAAUGUGACGCGGGAGCCGACCCGUCCGAACCGUCUCCCUCCGCAAUGAAACGGUCAAAGCUAUUAAUAGAAGCCCGGACUGCCGGCCAAGUAGACUUACCACAUGCCUCCAUAUUCGCAGAUGUUCCCCUGCCCAAGAAGGCUGAAGCCAACAUCCUUUCCUUCCUGAAACCGAGCGAUUGCUUCAAAGCCCGAGCCGUGAGUCGGAGUUGGAAGAUUGUAUUCGACAAGAACCUCGAGGACCGGGUGCUGGCCAUUCUCCGAAAAUUUGACCUGGUGCACAAUGUGAGCAACUACGUCGAGUUCAAGCUCUCUCUGUCAUGGCCCACCAAGGAAAGCAGCGCGCUGAUGGACUCGAGGGAACUCAUUCCAGUCCAAACUGCCUGGAAGGCACUCGAAGCGCAGCUCCGGUGUGUCCACGUCAAACUGGGCGGCAACGAGUUUCUUCACAGGACAUUCGCCAGUACGUUGAUCCUCCUCAAGCAAAACGUUUUGGGCCUUCUGGUCAAUUCCAAGAGCAUGUGCGUGUACACGGAGCGUCAACCGGAGGCGCCUCCUCCGUCCGAUACUGGUACCACCCUCCUCGAUAAAGAACAAUACUCCGGCGCCUUGUGUUUCUGGACAUCCGACGGCACCCCUGCCUGUGUAUCCUUCAAGACGUUUCUUCAGAGUAUAAGCUCUCAGAUAUGAUAGGACUCGACUGUCACUCGACUCAAACUACAAGAGUUAAGGUAGGAAGUAGCACAAAUACAUACAUAGCUAGGUUAUAUUGCAUGGUACCUGGUACGAAACUGUAUAAAAUACUGGAGGAUUCUA